AUGUCUACAGAUUCCUCAAACACAGAUUCUACCAUGCUAGGAAACUCCUCAAACACAAAUACAAAUCCUAUCAAACUUUCACCUCUAAAACAUGGUGCCCAAAUAUCCAUUAAACUUUCUGCGUCCAACUUUUUCGCUUGGCGCCGCCAAAUCAAUUCACUACUUGCUGGCAUGAAAUGUAUAGGCUACAUCACCGGCAAAGUCGAACCACAAUCUGAGAUGAUCACCACCAAUGGCAUCUCAACAAACAAUCCUUCCUAUGAAGAUUGGUUCACUAAUGAUCAACUUAUCGUUAGCUUUCUACUCGCUUCCAUGAAUGAACGCGAUAGCGUUGCCUUCUGUUCAUGUGACAAUGCUCGUCAACUAUGGCUGGCCAUUGAAGCCAAGUAUGCAAAUCCAUCACGAGCUCAUGUGAUGUCUCUCAAAAACCAGCUGCAGAGAAGCCGUAAAGGCUCUCAAACUGUCACUGAAUUUUUAUUUCAGGUGAAAAGAAUCGCUGAUGAACUAGCAGUCUUGGAUGCUACAAUCUCAAAUGACGACAUCACUCUCUAUGUAUUCAACGGUCUUGGAUCAAAUUAUCGUGACAUCGCUGCUUCCAUCCGAACUAGAGAACGCUCAUUCACCUUUGAAGAGUUACAUAACCAUCUCAUUGCACAUGAAGAAUUCAUGCAGAAAGAAGAUGCACCUGCAGAUGUUACUGUCCCAACAACAAACUUCCAUCAGCGAAAUGGAUCUCGGAAUUUUCGUGGACGUAGUUCUUUUCAUCGAGGAGGUCGUCAUGGAUCGAAUCAAAAUAUAAAUCCUUUUCCAUCAGAUUCAUUCCACCCGACGCAGUCAUCCCCACACCACCAAAAUGCAUCAAACAACCAUAGUACAAAUCAGCCUCUCUAUCAAGGACCAUCGAGGAACCAACACCAUUUCAAUCAUCGAGCGAAUCGCCCACUUCCAUGCGGCCAAUUCUGUGACUUUCUUGGACAUAUAGCCAAAUAUUGCCCACAACUUAUGCAAUCCAGCCCUACUGCUAAUUCUGCUGCUGCAAAUGCAAACUGGAUCCUUGACAGUGGAGCCAAUCAUCACAUCACUGCAGACUUGAACAACUUAAGUCUUCACUCAAACUACGAAGGCCCUGACUCGGUCACAAUUGAAGAUGGCUCAGGAUCUCAAGACAGGGGCGACAUUAAUGUGAGGUCCAACUAG